GUGGUCAGUGAGUGUAGGUGCAGAAGUACAGGAAAAAACAUCGUUUCGUUCAUCGCCACUUGAUUAAUUGUGUUAGUAAAAUUUUACCUUGCCAUGAAGGAGAAAAAGAUUAGCAAACUGGUUGCGGAUUCGGCAGCUUUCAUCAGAAAUGCACAAAUGCAGGAUAUCGCUGAAGUUGUAUAUACAGUCAGAGAUGUAGUUGAUGAAAUUAGAGACCAGGCUACAAAACAGCGACUCAGAGUUCUACCAUAUGAAAUAAAAAUGAUGGAGCCUUCACCAGAUGCCAUUGUGAAAGUGACUGAAUUUGCAAAAAAAACUGGUGAUUAUGCUAGUUUGUCAGCUACAGACAUGAAAGUCUUGGCAUUGACAUACCAAUUGGAGGUAGAAGCGAACGGCUGUGAACACCUGAAAAGUGAACCAACUAUUAAAAAAACAAUAGUUGUGGGUCCUAGACCCCCUGGUCCUGAAAAAGUUGAAACAUUGGCUGGCUUUUACAUGCCAAAGUCUGGAGCCAAAUCAGAAAGUGAGAUAGAAAAGCUGUCAGAGAAAUUGGCAGAAGUAGCAGUCGAACCUAAUGCCAGCAAAGAAGAGAUGCAGCCAGCAAAACAGGAGGUUGCCACCGAAGGCACAAGCAAUGAUUCUGGCCGUGAGGAGGAAGAGGAAGAAGGAUAUAACAGUGAAGAUGACUAUAGUGAUGAGGAAAAUGGUGACACAGUUGAUGAUGAAGAAGCAAAUGAUGAAGAAGAUGAUGACGGUGGUUGGAUUACCCCUGGAAAUAUUCAGCAAGUGAAGCACAGUAUGGUGGGAAAUACUGAAACCGUCCAACUUGAUGUUGCAUGCUUGACAACAGACUUUGCCAUGCAGAACGUCUUGAUGCAAAUGGGCCUGCAUGUAGUCUCGCUUGAGGGUCGCUUGAUUCACGAAGCACGAACUUAUAUUCUUCGUUGUUAUGCAUGUUUCCGGACGACAAGCAACGUAACUAAAGUUUUUUGCCCAAAAUGCGGAAACCAGACACUGAAAAAGGUGGCCGUUAGUUUAAAUGAAGACGGUACGUUGCAAAUUCACAUUUCUAGCAGAAAGAAGCUUACGGCUCGUGGCAAGAAAUUUUCAUUGCCGACGCCAAAAGGAGGCAAACACGCGUGCAAUCCGAUCCUUGUUGAAGAUCAACGAGAAGCUCAACAGCGAGCUUCUCGUUUGGGCCGUACCAAAACGAAUGCGCUAGAUCCUGAUUACAUUGCAGGAAAUUCCCCAUUUGCUAUCAACGAUGUUUAUUCGCGUGCAGCUCAACUUGGACGAACGGGUCGGUCUUCGAAUAACUUUAGGAAUCGACGAAACCCGGCCGAAUUUCGUAAAAAGAAACACUGAUGUUUCUAAAUUUGCUGGAGAAACUCAAUUGCCAAUUGGCUGUGUUCGAAAUAAAGGUUA